AUGUCACCUAAGUCGACCUUCAACCCAGCAGAUGUUCCCUAUCAAAAUGCAGUUGGUUCCCUGCUUUAUCUCGUGCAGGCAACCAGGCCUGACCUAGCGUAUUCGGUUGGUGUACUGAGCAGAUUCAAUAAUUGUUACGACGAAUCUCAUUGGGGUAUGGUGAAGAGAGUCCUGCGGUAUGUUCAAGGAACCAAGGACUUCAAGUUGAGGUAUUGUAGAGAUGCUGAUAGCCAACUGAUAGGCUAUUGUGAUGCCAGCUACGCAGCGGACUCAGAUGAUCCUCGCUCUACAACUGGUUACGUGUUCACCAUGCAAGGAGCCGCUGUCAGCUGGAAUAGCAAGCGUCAGCCGACCGUAGCACUGUCCAGCACGGAAGCUGAGUACCUCUCGCUCUCAGCAGCUACCCAGGAAUCAGUCUGGCUUCAGAGACUGACAUCACAACUAUUGAUUACUCGCAACGAAGAACCCUUGGUAGUUUACUGUGAUAUGAGUGAAAAUUCAAGAUUUAGUGCCAGAACCAAGCACACAAACGUUCGACACCAUUUUAUAAAGGAAAAUAUAGAUAACAAGGAGAUUGAAGUCCGUUUCGUUCCCUCUACGUGUAUGUUGGCUGACGCAUUGACGAAGGCAACCAACCACAAUAAAUUAGAAGAAUUUGUCAACGCAAUUGGACUCAAGAGAGAAGAAGAGAAGACAGAUUAUUAA